AUGGACUGGAAACGGGCACCACCGAAACCCUUGUCUGUAGCGAAUUUGAGCAAAGCCAUAGUCGGAUCUGCACCAGGUGACAAAAUGAACAGCAACGGAGUCGUACAGCUCGAAUCCUGGUACGUACGCGCCAAGUCGAACGGAGGAGGCUCAAUGAACUUGCGUCCCAACUUUUCGCGAACAGAAGAAAAGGAAGAUCAAAAACCAUCUAAAACCACUGAUAGACUAGAGCCGAAAGCAACUGAACCUCCGAACACCUACAACGAUCCUAGGCACGUUGCGUUUCUCUCCCAAUCCACUGAAUCUACAUUAAACCUGUUUUUCGCCUUGAAAAAUACCAUAGCCUUUUUCUCUGCUCGCAUACGUCGGUUGUUGGCGGUUGUGACGAUUAGUUCUUGUCUGGCCUCUUCUAGUUCCGGUCUAUUCACGGUGACAAAGAAAACAAAUGAACGAGAAAUCAGCACGUCUUUCUGGUUGAUCGAUGAAAGUCAAAGGGUGUACACAGCCUUUGGCGAUGUGCGUCCGAUGUUCGUGGGAUGUGACGUCACUAAGUUCUCGGACAAAACACCUGUGAGCACCAAGCCUUCUUUCGAGAGUGUGUCCAUGGACAAUGAUAGGGUCGUCGAUUCCCGUGAGUCAGCGGCGAUCAGCUGUUAUUAUUCUGGGAAGAUGAUUGCGUUAGAAGUCCAUGGUGAUGUGGACACUGCCGGGGGAAUAAGGGUGGCAUCCACGCGCGAUCCCUCGUAUAGCACACCACUUGUGUCCAACAAAGCCAGUAUUCUAUCCAAACGGACCGCAGUUGAGGAGGAUUGGAUCGUACCAGACUACAUUCACCGGCAUUCAUUCGAACAUCAGCCUGAGGAACUUGAACUCGUUUAUCAGUUCAAACAUCUGGGUAGCAAAAUUAGCCGUGAGUGUAAUGUGACAGAAGUCAAUAUACGCCUUGUCGAGGGCCUAGUGCCGAAAAAAACGAGCCGACAAGGGACACAACAGCUUUGUUACAAACAAACGUUACGCGACGAACUGAAUAGAGGUGACCGUCAGCAGGUAUCCAACAAAGCAGGGCUGUGUCCGUUUGAUGACCGAGUACAAUACCCACGCUGGGAGAAGGUGGAAUACCGUUUGAUCGAGUCUCACACGUCCCGCUGCUCCAAAAACUUGAGUCUUACGGGAUUCAAGGUAAAAUUCUAUGCUGGAUUAGGGUGUUUCUAUCAGACAGAAUAUUCCGGGAGAAAUAAGGUUCGGCCUUUGGCGCCGGUCUCCAAUGGAGUUCCCUAA